AAAUCUCCAUUUUGAAUUUUUUUGAUGGUAAAGUUAGCGCCUGUCCGCGAUCACAAGUCCGCACAGGAGUCCUGGAGUUUUAUGUCUUUUCACACUCUCUCUCAUACACAUACACACACUGAUUUAUAUUCAGAAUCGCGUUUUGCUCUUCGGGAUCUUUUGAGCGCACGGAUUAUUUCUGCGUGCGUGUUUAUAUAUAUGUGUGUGUGUGUGUGUUCAUUGGCGCUGUUGUGAAGUUUGUUGGAGCGACUUGCAGCAGAAGUGCUCUCUGGUGCUAACGGCUAAUAGGGAGCAACAUUACAAACAACAACAACAGCAGCAAGAGGGGAAAAAAAGAAAUAACAACAAAUAAAACAAAACCAUGACCGAUGAUGCGCCGAAACACACCAGGAUCCUAAACUACGUGCGCACUGAACGAUGGAGCCGGGAGGUGUGAAGAACGGCUCGAAGAGGGAUGACCAUUUAAUGACGCUGAAUUUCAGCGAAAGCCCACCUGAGGGAGUUUUGCAUAACGGAGCACGCAGCACCAUGUCAUUCGCCCCAACCACUGUAGUGCCUCCUGUCAGUCCCCUGUUGCAGCCUGUGACUGGAGAUCUCCCCAAUGGCGUGAGCAACACACCCCCUCUAGAGGAUAUCACCAUCACUUUACCACCCCCCCUGGAGCUUUUUGUGGAUGGGAAAGACAUGAGGUCUCAAUCCUUUCAGCAACAGUCUUCCCUGGGGCUCUUCAAUUUGGGGGACAAUUUCUCACGUCUGGAGGCCAGCAUCGCUGAUCUCAACAGCUCCUUGCCAUCUGUGGACUCCUUAAUCGGAGGAGGGGAUCCUACUUUGUACCACCUUAGAAAUGAGGACUUCUCACCAGUGGGGAAAGGAGAAGUGGAUCUAGAGCAGGAUCCUUUCGGGAAAGAUAUGGACACCAGUAACCCCAAGCUUUUUGGUGAAAACACCAUGGACAUCCUUCAGGAGUUCGGUUUGCCCGAGUCGCCCACGGGUUUCUACGUGGGAGACGACGAGUUCCCCACGUUGACCGACGACUCUCUGCUAGGUGUCAUUGUUUCAGACAAGGACUUAAAGUCUGUUGGCUCGUUGAGCCCCAGCACCACCUCCACCACCACCACCACCACCAACAUCAAUAACGUCAAAGGUGCCAACAGCUCGACUCCAUCCAGCCAGUUAACAAGCAGCCUGGGAGUAGUGGUCAAGCAGGAGAAGGAGCCCAUGAUCCAGCUGUGCACCCAGGGUGUAAUAAAGCAGGAGAACGCCAGCGGAAGGAGCCUCUGUCAGAUGUCCUCAGACCUGUCGAGUCCGGCCAGGAAUGUUUCCAUUUCCAUUUGCGGCGUCAGCACCUCCAGCGGUCAGAGCUACCACUUUGGGAGCCCAGUGUCCAGCGGAAACCAGCAGAAAGAUCAGAAACCUGUUUUUAACGUGUAUACGCCACAAGCUACCAGCGACGAGUGGGGACGGGGAUUCGGAAACGCAAACGCCAUGCUGCAGAGGGCCAGCAACAGCUUUAACACCACCCAGACCUUCAGCACCAACUAUGCCAGCUCGACUGCCAGGCCUGAGGCCAACACUGCCACGUCCUCGGGCACGGGGAAGCUCGGCGGCACACACAAAAUCUGCCUGGUGUGUUCAGACGAGGCGUCCGGCUGCCAUUAUGGAGUCCUCACCUGCGGCAGCUGCAAGGUCUUCUUCAAAAGAGCCGUGGAAGGUGAGGGGCAACACAAUUACCUGUGCGCCGGGAGAAACGACUGCAUCAUCGACAAAAUCCGCAGGAAGAACUGUCCCGCGUGCCGCUACCGCAAGUGCCUGAUGGCCGGCAUGAACCUGGAAGCACGUAAAGCCAAGAAGAUGAAGAUGAAGGGUGUACAGCAGGCGAACACGACCGAACUGGCUCCGCCUCCACCACCCGAGCAACGAGCGCUGGUGCCCAAAGCCAUGCCGCAGCUGGUGCCCACCAUGCUGUCUCUGCUCAAAGCCAUCGAACCAGAGACCAUUUACGCCGGCUACGACAGCACGGUCACAGACACCUCCACACGUCUCAUGACCACCCUGAACAGACUGGGAGGACGCCAGUUCGUCUCUGCAGUCAAGUGGGCCAAAGCUCUGCCCGGUUUCAGGAACCUUCACCUGGACGAUCAGAUGACUCUGCUGCAGUCCUCCUGGCUCUUCCUCAUGUCAUUCGGUCUGGGCUGGAGAUCUUACCAGCAGUGUAACGGCAACAUGCUGUGUUUCGCCCCAGACCUUGUGAUUAACGAGGAGAGGAUGAAAAUGCCCUACAUGGGUGACCAGUGUGCACAGAUGCUGAAAAUCUCCAGUGAGUUUGUGAGGCUGCAGGUGUCGAAUGAGGAGUACCUGUGCAUGAAGGUCCUCCUACUGCUCAGCACAGUGCCAAAGGACGGUUUGAAGAGCCAGUCUGUGUUUGAUGAGAUCAGGAUGUCGUACAUUAAAGAACUGGGAAAAGCCAUCGUGAGGAGGGAGGAGAACUCCAGCCAGAACUGGCAACGAUUCUACCAGCUCACUAAGCUACUGGACUCCAUGCAUGACAUGGUUGGUGGACUGAUGAACUUCUGCUUCUACACCUUUGUGAAUAAGUCUCUGAGCGUGGAGUUUCCCGAGAUGCUCGCCGAGGUCAUCAGCAACCAGCUACCAAAAAUCAAAGCCGGAAGCGUCAAGCCGCUACUCUUUCACCAGAAAUAAAAAGAAAGAAUAAAUAUUUUUUUUAAAAAGCACGCCCCUUUUUUUCCGGCAGCGGGACAACAUGCCUUAAAAGCUACACCACAUCACCAAGCGUUCCUCAUGAACCACGCAGAGGGACAGAGAGGCCUGGGGGACGUGGAUGAAGGGCUCGUGAGGGGGAGAUGAUGAGGAUUGUUGGAGUAAAUGUGGAACCGAACGCAACUGAUCCAGCACAGAACAACAGGAGGACAUGUUUAAAGACUGGUAGAGGACAGUUGAUAAUAUGGUGGAUGGAGAAAAAAAAUUAUACCAUUAAUGUUGUCUCAGGUGUUUAAUUCUCAACAUUACAAUAAGUAGUAAAGCUAUUUCUACAUAGUCUUUUUUUCUUUUUUGGAGCAAAAGCAAAAGCCCUAGCACUUAUCGUCGAUACGUGCAACUCGUAUACGUGUUUUUAGAUUUUCAGAUCUUUAUUUUCUGUCAAAGAUUAUUAUUAUCCGAUAUGCAUCUUGUUCGAACGAAUCAUUUGUCACGUGUACAGCGAUGCCGCUUUCCACGUUGUUGGAGUUAAGAGAAAUUACUUAUGAGACAUAUCUUUUUUUUUCCCUCUCUUUCCUAUUUUAACGCUCACGAUUUGCUAAACGCUUUACUGAAUCUCACAGUUAUAUGAUUAUAGCAAAAAGGGAAAAUAUGUGCCUUUUUUUUUUUAAGCUUCGUCCUAUUUUUAGUCUUUCUGUAACAGCAUUCUGCAUCAUCCAUCAUGUUAGAUAUUAUAAUUUGAUUGUAUUUUUUUAUACCCACUUGCACUGGCGAUUUAUUUUCUUUUUCUUUUUAUCACGAUCAUCAAAAAAGUAGAAUCGUUUCGUUCCUGGCAGCUCCAUAAUGACGUAGCAUGUACUAAAAUCAAUCCUUAUUGCUAUUGAAAUUUAGGAGUCUGAUAAACACGUGCACCCCCCCCCCCCCAAGUGCACAAACACACACUGGCCUGUUGGACUUUCUUGUUGACUAAAAUGCAAUUCUAAGCACUUUUUUCACUUAUAUUCAAUGCUUUAAAAAAAAAAAAAAAAACGGGCGACAGGAAAGAAUGCAGGUUCACAUGUUUGUGUUUUUUAGCAUUUUGUCUUAUGGAGCCAUGUUUUAAUUAGAUUUUUGUAUUUUUUUUUUUUUUGGGUCGUUUGUUGAAUGGUGUAGGAAUGAAAUCAAUGCAAUGUGAA